AUGUCGGCAGCGACUGCCAGCGCAGCUGACUCGCAAGAAGAAUAUCAGCAGCGAGUUCGCGAAGCCGCAACAACCUUUGUGAUUCGACCCGAUGCUGACAAUUCGAAAGAGAUGCCGAUGAAUACGGCGCCGAAUACGGUGACGUCACGUGAGCCACAAUCACAGCAAAAAGAGAAAUUGGGACAUCGGAGGAUAGAUGAGUUGGGAGAAGUGAGUUUUUGAAAGGAAUUUGUGAGGAGGAAAAGAAAUCUGUAAAUAAGCAUUUGUGCUGAAAAUUGUGAAAAAUUUAAUUAAGUCUCGAGUGGAUUACUUGCUAAUUGGAUUUUCGGUAAAUUCUUUUGAAAAAUCAGAAGUUUAUGAAGAAAAUUACGAUUUAAGGCAAAAAACUGGGAUUUUUUAAGUUAGGAAAUAUUUUCGAUGGGUUUUCAAGUUUUCAAGUGAAAUUUCCUAAGAAAUCAUUCUUCCAACAAAAAAAGAUUUCAAGGGUUUGCGAGUUCAAUGUUGAAAUUUUCAAAGAAAUCAAGUUUAAAGCCGGAAAUCUCUUUAACAAUCUGCAAGUUUAAGUUCCAAUUUUCUCAACAAAAAAAUUCCAGUAAAAAAUCUAGAAACGAGUUCUCAUGACCAAAGAACACUCAAAAAACCUGAUUUUUUAUUAAAAAAAAACAACUCAAAAUAUUUCUAGAAAAAUUCAAAUUCCACCAAUAAAUAAAUCACAUAAUUUUCCAGGUGAGUUACAAAAAAGUGCCAACAAAUGCUUUGAUGCAAGCAAUUCAACUAGGAAUAGCAAAUUCGAUAGGAAGUUUAGCGAGUUUACCAAAUCGUGACGUUUUGUUGCAAGAUUUCGAGAAAAUCGAAAUGGUCUCAUUUCCAGCGUAAGUGAUUUUUAGGGCUGAAAAUCAUGAUUCUUGAUCAAUUUUUUACUCAAAAAUCUGAAAUUUAACCCAUAAUUCAUCUAAAAAUAAUUGCAGAGCUGGUUCCUCAACAACUCCAUCGCAUUCAUUUGGCGAUUUUAGGUUUCGUACCUACGCUCCAAUUGCAUUUCGAUAUUUUCGCAAUCUUUUUCAUAUAAAACCAGCUGAUUUUCUAAGAUCUAUAUGUACUGAACCAUUAAAAGAAUUGUCAAAUGCUGGAGCAUCUGGUUCAAUAUUUUAUGUCUCACAAGACGAUCAAUUUAUCAUUAAAACUGUUCAACACAAAGAAGCUGAUUUUUUGCAAAAAUUGUUGCCUGGUUAUUAUAUGAAUUUGAAUCAGAAUCCUCGAACUCUUUUGCCCAAGUUUUUUGGAUUGUUUUGUUAUCAGGUAAUUUUUGGAAUUUGAAGAAUUUUAGCUUUUUCUUGGGAAAAUUCUUGAAAUUUUCUGGGAUACGGAAAAUAUGUCCAAAUUUAUAUUGAAAAAUGUAUUUUUUUUAAAUUGAUUUUUCAUCUGACCUUUUCAUUUUUAAAUGUUGCAAUUUGUAAAAAAAAUCUGUUUGUGAAUAUUCGAGAAAAAAAUCUGAAAUUAAAGAUCUUGUUUAAACGAUCACUCAAAAAUUUAAAUAUAAAAAAUAUCAGAAAAACAAAUUUCUAGCCGAGAAUUUAAUAAAAUUCCAACAAUUUUCCAGAGUCUUGGUAAAAACAUUCGUCUCCUUGUAAUGAACAAUCUUUUGCCAACAGCCGUCACAAUGCACGAAAAAUACGAUAUGAAAGGAUCAACCUAUAAACGAAUGGCGAACAAAGCAGAAAGAUCAAAAGCUCAUCCAACACUAAAAGAUCUGGAUUUUCUUGAAUGUCAUCGAGAUGGUCUUUUUAUUGAUCCGGUUGCUUUAGAUGCAUUAAUUAAGACAAUUAGCAGAGAUUGUUUGGUGCUGGAAAGUUUCAAAAUUAUGGAUUAUUCAUUGUUGGUUGGAAUACAUAAUGUUGAAUUGGGUAUUAGGGCGAGAGCUGUUGAAGCGGGAGAAGAAGCGGGAACAAGUCGAGGAGCUGGAAAUGGAGGAGAAGGAAGAGUCGAUAAAAAUGGACAUAAGGUAAGAGAAUUGUGGAAGUUUUUGAGAAGCGGAAAUUCGGAAUUUUGGGGUUAGUUGAUCGAAAAUUCUGGAAAACUCGAUAUUUUGAAGAAUUUUUGACAUAAAAACCAGAAUUUUCCCUGCGUUUAUUUUGGAUUUCCGAAAACUCUUCGAAAUUGCCAUUUUCAUUCAUUUCCCCAGUCAAAAACUAGUUACAAAAACCUACAAAACCCGGAAUUUAUAGGUUUCAAAAAAUCUAGAUUGACAAUGAAAUGUAUUUCUAAUUUUUUUAUUCUUCUGUUUUUCAUUCAGCCCGUUUUAUACAAAAAUUUCAAAUUAUAACUAAUUAAAACCCAAUUUCUGCCUAAAAAAUCCAAUUUUUCAGGUUCUACAAGAAAAAUUCUCGGUGUGGGAUACUGGUGAUGGUGAUGUUCCACAUGGAGGAGUUCCAGCCAGAAAUUCGAAUGGCGAUCGAUUAGUUUUAUAUUUAGGAAUUAUCGACAUUUUACAAAAUUAUCGACUACUUAAAAAAAUGGAACACACGUGGAAAGCGAUUUUACACGAUGGGGUGAGAUAAAUUCACAAUUUCUGAUCAAUCUCAAACUGAAAUUAAUUUCAGGAUACAAUAUCGGUGCACAAUCCAAAUUUCUAUGCUUCUCGAUUUUUGUCCUUCAUGACUGAACACGUUUUCAGAAAAGGAACAGGUAUUUUUCGAGCUUGUCAUAUUUUUCUAUUUUCUCUAUUCUUCACGUAGUAUGCUCUAUUUAUCUCUGAAAAAUAUGUGCGGAACCCUCCUCUAUCGAAUCCCCAGCAACUAAUUUAUCUGUAUUUUCUAUUGUAUAUGAUGAGAUGAGAUAUGAGCAUGAGCGAAUUUUUGAACAAAAAAUGUGAACAAUUUCAAACUUUUUGAGAUGGUUAAGCUGGAUUCCAUGGGGGCAUUCCUAAUUUGUUUUUAUAUUUUCAUAUAAGAAUGGGAUUGAACUUAUAGAAUUUUGGGAACCACGAUUUUGGCCGAAGUGUGAAUUCCGGAAAAAUAUACGUUUCGAAAUUUAGAUUUUAAAACAUAAUCUACGGUUUUUUGUUCUUCAUCCGAAAUCGAUUGAAACAUUCUGUAAAUUCAACUUUCUAGGCUUGUUUUACGUUGAAGAUUCAUCAUAAAAUUAUCUAGUAUCAAAAACCCCAUAGAACUCUAGACUAAUUCUUGGUCCUCACACUAAUCCAUGAUUAAAAAAAACCCAGCAUUUUUGCCAACACCCAAAAAAGUCUUCUAGAAUUAUGUAUUUUUUAAAAAUUGCGAAUUCAAGUUUCUAGGACCAUUUUACACCAAACAAAACCCCCUACACUAACACAGGUUUUUUAAAUGUCACAAAACAAGUUCCCGAUUUUUUUUGCUAACCCUCUUCUAAAAUGUUUUAUUGAUUUUUCCUACCACGUUCCCCGAUCAAUCAAUAACUAACAAAUCAACCCUGCUUCCCGAUUUCAGCCGACGAAAAACGAAGUGCCAAAUUUCGUACUUUGGUGCACAGUUAUUUGGGUGAUCUUUAUAUUUUUCCAUAUUUUUUUGAGUUUUCUCUCUCACUUCUCUCAAUUUUUCACUUUAUUCGAAAUUGUUUCGGAAUCCCUUUUUCUCCCUCCUCCCUUUAACUAUUUUUAAUAUAUUUUAUGGUGAUUGGUGAACGUUUUGGUGAUAAUGGAAUGAUAUGGAUAGUAUAUAUUUAACCCCUAUGCAAAAUGAUAAUUAUUAUAAGCAUGCGUAGCUUUUGUGAUCGAUCGAAAAUAUGUUUCGAGAAGAAUUGAUUUUAUAUUAUUUUCAUUUUUGGGUUUUAUUCUAGAUAUCUAAUUUUUCCCCGAUUUUCAGCGCUCAAAUCUUCGCCAUCGAGAAAACGAAACACGUUGAAACAUGGAAAUUCAAAUGAAAUUGAAGAUGUGACAAUUGUUAGUGGAAAUAAUGCGAUAACUGCGAAAGAAGAAGCGGCGGCAGAGAAAACGGGCAAUUUUGGAUCGCAAACUGCCAGGGAAUCGACGAGGUUGUAUAAUAAUUCGAUGAGUGAGAAGGAGGAUCGGGGUUGGUUUUUUUGUUAAUUUAAAUAGGGGAUUUUUUGGGAGGUUCCACUUUUUCAACGUUCUCUCUGUGAAAUUAGAGAUCUUGGACCAGAUUUAAAUUUUGAGCCCCGGAGACCAUUCAAGCCCUCAUAGGUCUAUUCAAUCUCAUAUUUUGCAGUAAUCUCAGCACGUGAUGUUCAUCCAAUAAUGCCAUCUGGAAGUGUGAUGAGUCGAGUUCCACUUCGAAGAUCAUAUCGAGAUUCUGGAGCUACAAUGAGUAUGGAUAGCAAAAAAGAGAAAAAGGUAAGCAAUUUUGCAAAUUUGAUUUCAUAUGAAAAUUUGAAUUUCCUACGAUUCCCCGGAAAAAAUACUUUUUAAAAUAUCUGUACAUAAAAUUAGAAGCAUUGAUUAUUUUCCAUACCAUUUUGUUGAAAACGAUCGAAUUCUUACCAACAAAUUUAGGCUGCUCAGCAGUCUUUCCAUGCUUUACUUUUCAUUUUUUUUUCUAGGUCGAACGUCUAUUUGCCAGCUCAAAACCUGACGAACCUCUGCUACCGACAGAAGAGGAAAUUGUGAGUAGUGUUGAAGUUGUUGGUGACAAUUAG